UCUCCUGGCUCCCAGUAGGAGGCGGAGAGCCAAGGGGCGUGCAAGAGCGAGGGGGCUGGGCUCCCAGUGGCAGGAGGCCGCCGCUGCGGAGCGGCCGCCCUCGAUCCGGGCGAUGGAGGAGGAAGCAAACGAGGGGGCCGGUUCCCGAGCUUAGUAAUUCCUGUAUCGCCGUUUGGGCUCCCAGCCUGUCGGGUCGCAUGAUCCCUCCAGUCGGAGCUGGGUUUGCCAGCCGCCGCGAGGCCGGCUGAGUUACCGGCAUCUCAGCUGCCACCUCCUCUCGCGACCUGUGAUACAAAAGAUCUUCCGGGGGCUGCACCUGCCUGUCGUCGCCUGAGAAGGAUUUGAAUCUCUUUAUCUCUCUACAGAACCUUAUUUUGUCUUCGGAUCUCAGAAGAGAACCACUAAGCAGAGAUCAGACUCAGUGAGUGAAAAGGUCUUUUGGACAAUGGACUGGUCGAGCCCAUUCUUAUUAUAAAAAUGUCUCAAAGCAACCGGGAGCUGGUGGUUGACUUUCUCUCCUACAAGCUUUCCCAGAAAGGAUACAGAUGGAGUCAGUUUAGUGAUGUGGAAGAGAACAGAACUGAGGCCCCAGAAGGGACUGAAUCAGAGAUGGAGACCCCCAGUGCCAUCAAUGGCAACCCAUCCUGGCACCUGGCAGACAGCCCCGCGGUGAAUGGAGCCACUGGCCACAGCAGCAGCUUGGAUGCCCGGGAGGUGAUCCCCAUGGCAGCGGUGAAGCAAGCGCUGAGGGAGGCGGGCGAUGAGUUUGAACUGAGGUACCGGCGGGCAUUCAGCGACCUGACAUCCCAGCUCCACAUUACCCCAGGGACAGCGUAUCAGAGCUUUGAGCAGGUAGUGAAUGAACUCUUCCGGGAUGGGGUGAACUGGGGUCGCAUUGUGGCCUUUUUCUCCUUCGGUGGGGCACUGUGCGUGGAAAGCGUAGACAAGGAGAUGGAGGUAUUGGUGAAUCGGAUCGCAACUUGGAUGGCCACUUACCUGAAUGACCACCUAGAGCCUUGGAUCCAGGAGAAUGGCGGCUGGGACACUUUUGUGGAACUCUACGGGAACAAUGCAGCAGCGGAGAGCCGGAAGGGCCAGGAGCGCUUCAACCGCUGGUUCCUGACGGGCAUGACUGUGGCUGGUGUGGUUCUGCUGGGCUCACUCUUCAGUCGGAAAUGACCAGACACUGACUACCCUCCCACCACCCUCCCACCUCCGUCUUUCCCCCACCACAUCCCUCUGUCCAGCCACCAUUGCCACCAGGAGAACCACUACAUGCAGCCCAUGGCCACCUACCCAUCACAGGGUUGGGCCUAGACCUGGUCCCCUGCAAUUAGUUUUCUAGAAUCUACCAUGCUUAUGUGAGAGCUGCCUUCCCUCACACUUCAGUUCUCCCGGCCUCAAAACCCUCAGAGUUUCCCCAAAAUCUCCAUGGAAGCUAGCAGGUAUGGGGAGAUUUUUGGCUGGGGGCUGGAGGUCCCUGCCUGAUUGGUGGAACCCCCUUAUCCCUUAGCCUCCCACGAAUGCUUUCCUGCCAGGGAGCUGGAAAGUUUUCUGACCCUUUUCCCCAGAAGGAGAGACUUGCCUUUGUUUUGAUGUUUGUGGCCUCAGAAUUGAUCAUUUCCUAUCCCCUGUAGGACUUGGGCUCCCCUUUUUUUCAUCCCCAACCCCCAAGAGCCGCUUAGGGGCCACUUCUGACUAAGUAGAGAUUCAGGCUGUUGGGAUAAAGAAACAAGGACCAGGACCCCCUCCCCCCCUCUGGCCUGGCCAGAGUCCCCUGGAGGCCUCUGACUAGAUGCCAGCCCCACCCGUCCAGGAGGGAGGGUGCAGGAAGCACCCCAUGCCAAACCUAGGGUGGCCCUUGCAGUUCAGCACCAUCCCAAGUCCCUGCCCUUUGCCCUCUCCUGGCUCCCAUGACCAUGACUGAGGGACCAACUGGGCCCAAGACUGGUGCCCCAGAGCUGUUGAUGGCCUCAGCUGCCUCGCUUUCUGCAAGUUAGCCUGUGGUAUCUUUACCUUGGGCUGCUGCCCAUGGGGUCCACGGGUUGAGGCCUUGGCCCAGAGGUGAACGGGAGCUAUGGGGGGCAGCUGUGGGAGCCCUAGGGUCUUCCCUACCUCAGGCAGGAGGGGCAGAAGGAGAGCCUGGUGUACCAAGCGGGGCUGGCAGGAGGCACCUAACAGAUUUGUGCCCCACCCCCACUGAGCCUGGCAGCAGGGCUGCCAAGGUCAGAGUGGCCUGGCCAGGAGCCCUUCAGGCCUCCCUCUCCCAGCUCCACCCAUGGCCUGUCUCACCCCUGGGGGUCCUGGCCUAGCCCCGGCCACCCCGGGCUCUCUGCUGUACAUAUUCGAGACUAGUUUUUAUUCCUUGUGAAGAUGAUAUACUAUUUUUGUUAAGCGUGUCUGUAUUUAUGUGUGAGGAGCUGCUGGCUUGCUGUGCGUGUGCACGUGGAGAGCUGGUGCCCGGAGAUUGAACAGCCUGAUGCUCCCUCCCCUCCCCUGCCCUGGUCCGGGGAAGCCAGCCAGGGGUCCUGGCUCCUGAGGGGCACCUGUCCCUCCCCCAACCCCCACCCCACACUUGUUCCAGCUCUUUAAAAUAGUCUGUGUGAAGGUGAAAGUGCAGUUCAGUAAUAAACUGUGUUGACUAAGUGAACAAAA